GGGGUGGCGCGAUCCGUGAUAGUGCAGUUAUUCGGAGAUCUUAUUGGAUGAAAAUCUUAUCUUAUCUCGCAAAGUGCCUAGCACGCGAUACCCUCUGUGUCCGAGGGUAUUCGAGCGUGAGUUUGCGCCAAGACGCGACCGCAUUGUCACUUUCGGUCGUUGCACCGUUCGCGGAAAUGUUGCUGCACGUCGCCACCAUUACCGUGUUCGUCAACAUCGCUAUUAUAGAGCUGGACUCCUUUUAUUCCCUUCCGGAGAAGGAUUCGGAUUCCUUACUGGACGAGAGCCCGCUCCACCGUGUAUUCGUGUACGGCACGUUGAAACGAGGCGAGCCGAAUCACGGCCUCAUCAAGGACACCACGAACGGCUACGCCAAGUUCCUAGGCAUCGGUAAGACGACGGUCCGAUAUCCCCUGGUGAUCGCUACAAAGUAUAACAUCCCGUUCCUGCUGAAGAAACCCGAUUUCGGCAACUAUGUGUUCGGAGAAAUAUACGAUGUGGACUCCGACAUGCUGAAGAGAUUGGACCAGCUGGAGGAACAUCCACAGUUUUACGAGCGAACGGAAGAAAAGGUUCUGCUGGCGCCGGAGGCCGCGCUCAAGCCCGGAAAAACUUUCGAGGAGGUCGGCGAGUCGACGAGCGCCUGGAUAUACUUUCUGCCGAGGUUCAGGUCCUCCCUGCUGGCCAGUGCCAUGUACGCGUCUUACACCAACGGAAGCCACGGGCUGAAGUACUGCGAGAAGUAUGUCCGCGAUCCGUCCUACGAUCACAGAAAAGAGGUGCUAUAAUAAAUCAUUGCCGGCCCCGGCUUUUGUCUCUUUGCAGCGACGAGGACGCGUCGAGCCUCGACGACGUUCUUUGAAUAUCCGAUCGGGUGCGCAGUCACGGCGCGCGCGGGCGCUCUCUCUCACCCACACGGUACCGUUAAUCCCUGUGAAUUCGGGGGAAAAAUUACGGCGGAAAGCAAUGAGUGACUUGUAAAGGCUGUUUUGUACGCACAGCGGCGCGAAGUUUUUAAGAGCUAUACUCUUUUAAGGAAGCGGUUCCAUCUCUCUUUCGCGCCGGACCCAUUAGAUAAGAAUAAUUUAUAUAAAUAUAAAAAUAGAUAUAUAAAAUAUUCUAUAUUUGUGAUACAAUCGUUCCUCUGUAUUAACAACGUAUAUAAUUCAUUCCUCCAAAUCUUGAAAGAAUUAGUGAACAUAAAGUAGGAUCUUGCGAAUGAAGGUGCGUAUAAGAAACUACAGCACGAGGGUAUCUCGGUGUGAUUUGAGUUUUAUUAAAUACGUCACGUACGCUCGCAUCCCACACUUUCGCGCACUCUCACUUCCUGUCAUUCUAUCGCUCGCUCUCAUGUAACAGUAGCGAUAAAAUUAUUGUAUCUCAACUAUUCUGUAACAAAGGGCAGGCUAUAUUAUAUAGUCCGCGUUGCCGCGGCGAUCAAAAUCAAUUCGAAACUGUCUCCAAGAGGCACCGGUGUCGCGCGUUUCCGCCGCGUGCUUAAGUUAGACGUUCUUCUUUCUCUGGGCGCUGCAACGCGUUUCAACAGCUUCCGUAGCCGAACCGUUUCUCUUUCCGAUCCGUUCGAAUCGCGUUCGUUCGCGGAAAGACGAUCGGCCAGGUCGUUCGCGCGCGCACACAGGGUGAUCGAGCGUUGCGCUUUGGGAAAAUCCGGUCGAUCGGCGAUAUAUACGGUGUACGGCAAAUUAAAAAAAAAAAAAAAUGCUCGGAGGCAGUACGUACGAGUUAUCCUAAGAAAUUUAUUUAUAAAUAAUCACAUUUUAUCACACGCUAUA